CGCUUCAAUCGGCGUGCCGCCGCCGUCGCCGGUUCUGCCGCCGACUUUACGAGUCCAUUUUUAAAGUUUUACUUCUCUGUUCCACUUUUAAAAUUCGAGUUCUUCUUUCGUGGUUUCGCGAUGCCGCCAAGGUUGAUAGUGUUCGACCUAGAUUACACCCUGUGGCCCCUUCAUGUGGAUUGUUCUGUGACGCCACCUCUGAGGAAAGAUAGCAAGGGCAGGAUCGUAGACUUGCACGGCCAGAAGGUCCGAGUCUUUCCAGAUGUGCCGGAAAUACUGGAAAGACUGAAACGAGAACAGUAUGCUCUUGGAGUUGCGUCACGUACAGAUGACCCCGACACUGCAAGACAACUCUUAGGACUACUUGACUGGAAUAAAUACUUCUCCUACCAGGAAAUCUAUCCUGGCUGCAAAGUUGGGCACUUCAACAAGUUCGCAUCACGCUCAGGCAUCCCGUACAAGGACAUGCUUUUCUUCGACGAUGAACACAGGAAUAUCAGAGAUGUCUCUAAACUUGGAGUCACGUGUGUGUACGUGAAAAAUGGGAUGACACACAAAGUGCUUGAAGAAGGCCUGAAAAAAUUUGAAGAAAAAUCUUGAUGCAAUGGGCAAUAGAUAUGUUACAUUCCAAGAUUGUUUUAUUACCUCUAUUUACACUCAGAGGAGAUACUAUGUUUUGUGGUAAGUAAUUGCUGCAUGUUUGCUGUAUAAAUGCACAUGAAUGUGUGAGCUAUAUAGUUUCUCGUGAAAUAACUGUAAAAAAAAAAUCACUUGAAUUGGAUUCUGGAGUGGUACUGUCAGUGAAUGGUGCAAUUUUAUUUCACAUCAGUUUUUUUUUUUUUUUGUUCAGAAACUCACAAACUCAGAAAAACACAAACGAAGUAUGUUACACAGCGAUAACUUGUACUUGACUAGCUGGUAAGAAUCAAAGCGACUAUCCUUACGUUUGCUGGCCAAGAGCGAGGGAAGCUCCGCCUCCUCGAUGCGAGCCAAUAGGAGGACGUGAAGGACAGGCACUUCUCAAGCCUUUGCUCUUGCCUAAGAGAUGGCGCAGCGUUACCGUUGUUUCGCGUGUCACAAGGCUUCUGCCAUGGCGCACCAAUCUAACCAACCACUUCGCCGUCCGUUAACAAGCAGCUGCCGCUGUUUUGCCUGCCGCAAGGCUUCGCCGUCCGUUUACCGGCGUACGCGCGACCCUGCGGUUAGAUUGGUGCGCCAUGGCAGAAGCCUUGCGUCUUGCGGUAGCUACACUCCUAUCUAAGCCUCGUUCAGCCAUUGGUUAGAUUAGUGCGCCAUGGCAGAAGCCUUGCGACACGCGAAACAUCUGUAACGCUGCGCCAUCUCUUGGGCGAGAACAGAGGCUUGGGAAGUGCCUGCCCUCUGCGUCCUCCUAUUGGCUCGCAUCGAGGAGGCGGAGCUUCCCUCGUUCUUAUUCAGCAAACGCAAGGAUAGUCAAUAAGACUACAUCCAAAUAAAAUGUGCACUGUUAAAUGUGGUGUGGAAACAUGGUGAGAAGUGGGUGUGAAGUCGGAGUCUUCAUGCAACUACAUUUUACGUGUAAAAUUAAGUUCCUGGUAGCAGUUGCACUAAGAUAGUGACAAUGUUACAGUAAAUUACACUCCGCUUGGGCUCCGUGGAGUUUCAAAUGCCAAUCUUUUACUAAUAAAGUGGUGACAGUUUUCAA